AUGAGCACCCAACCAAUUGGCCUGACUACGGUCCCGAAGCUGCUGCCUGUAACCGGCACUUUCGCGCUCCCAUUCGCAGUGUACUACGCAUUCCUCAGCCUGCGAGUGGUCGGCGAACGGCUCAAAGACAAACACUACCUCGGCCAAGACUCUUCCAAGCCCGGGGCGGACUCGAAGAAAUCGCCCGGUGCCAACAAGCUCUACCUCGCCUCGCGGUCGCAUGCCAACUUUGCCGAGAACGUCCCGUGGGCGUUUGUCCUUGCGUCGCUGGUCGAGCUGAACGGGGGCAGCCGCAAGGCUCUCGGCUGGCUCCUCGGGAGUUUCUUGGUCCUUCGUGUGGUCCACGCGGAGUUGGGCAUCAUGCAGGUCCAGGGAACCGGCAACGGCCGACCCGUUGGCUAUUUCGGCAGCAUCGGUGUGGUUGGCACACUUGCGGCCUAUGGAGCGUACCUUGUCAAGGGUUACUGGGGUUACUGA